AUGGGUCCACAACUAAAUAAGAAAAAGGUAAUAGCAAAAUAUUCGAAGCAUGGCUGUGCACAAUGUAAAAGAGCUCAUGUGAAGUGUGAUGAAAUUAAACCAAUUUGUAGAAGAUGCGUAAAGAAAAAUAUUAACUGCAACUAUGAAUCAAACCUAUUAUUUAAACGCGUUCUUAAUGGUUCGACUUUUACUACAUCAAAAAUCCAAAUCUCUUCUAAUCCAAUACAACAGAAUACGAAUUUAUCUCUCUUGUAUUCCACAAAAGAUUCAGAUCAUCUUGAAACAAUAUCCUCGAGUAAUUAUUUGACUCCUAGUUCCAAUGGCAUACCUAUUAUAUCAGGGGAUGAUAAUCAAGUUCUUCAACGAAAAUUUCAUUCAACAAAUGGAAAUCAACAUUUUAAUUUGAAAGAAGAAUUGGGUUUAAAGCCUAAUUAUUUCAGCAAUUUGUGUGAAGUUAACAACUACAAAAUCAAUUACUCGAUGUUUUUUCCUAGAAACGAUAUUCAUCUAACAAGUAUUUUAACUUUCGGCAAUAAUUGCAAUUUAGAUGUAAAUAUAAUUCCAAUUCUUAGCGAUUCGUUUCUUAGGGAUAAAAAUAUAUUGAACUUUAAAAAACAUAUUGAUCAUAUAAUUGAGAAUUUUGAUCCAGUUAAAAAUAGUGUGAACAUAUUGAAUAUAGACUUUGAAGGAAAAACUGAUAGCCAUGGAAGGAAGAAUUAUAACAAUAAGGUCGAAAAAGGUGAUAAAGAAGGAUAUGAUAGCCAUGGCUUAAGGAAUUCUAUAUCUAAUUAUGACAACCAAAAAGAAAUAAUGAUUAAUAAAGUCGACUUAUGUGAUCCAGAAUUUAUCAAAUUUUGUUGGGAUAUAUUUAUAACGAUAUUUUCAAAGAAUUUUUUAAAUUCAAACAAUAUUUUUUCCAAAAAGAAACUUUUUAGCAGUUUAAUAAAAUUAUCAGAAACUUAUCCAGUAAUUCAUGAAUCAGUUAGAUUUUUCUCCUCAACAAUGCUAAAAAAUUACUAUUUUUUGAAAAGAAAAUUGAAUUACUCUAAUUUUUGGGAUCGGCAUAUUAGAAUGCCCAGCAUAAACUUUCUGCAUAAAUCAGUUAAAAUUCUAAGUUUGAAGCCAGAUAAAGUUUUAGAAGAUUGGAUCACAAUACUAAUAAUAUCAAUAAUAAUGAUAGGCCCAAAUUCAGUAAGCAAAAGUUCUGGAUGGAGGUAUCAUAUGCAUCAGGUAUUUUUAUUGAUAGAAUUGAUAGAAUUUAAAUUAAUUAAUCGUGAGAUCAUUAAAAUUAAUCAAAAAGAUGAAAUUAAUUUAAACAAUAAAGAUAAUAGCAGAUAUUAUAUUUAUAUUGAUGACAAUAAUAGCAUUGAUCGAGAUCUAAUCGAUGUAUAUUUAAUAUUCAGAUCCUUCUUUCUAUAUUCAGAAGUAUGUUCUAUUUUGACUUGUGAAAAUAGUAGCAUAAUAAGUUCAACAAAUAUACUGAGAAAAUAUUUUGCUUUUUAUAAUUCAAUAAAUUUUUUCAAAAUUAGCGGAGAAUAUGAUCUACUAUUUGGGUCUAAUGCCUCAAUUCAAAACUUGAUUUCUGAAUUAUCAAUCAUGUUAUGUGAUCUGAAAGAAAGUAGGGGUAUCAAUCUAUCCGGUAAUCACAUCUUGAAAUUAAAAUUUAUUAAUAAUGAAGAAAUCUCGAGGAGUAAUUUGAUUGAGUAUGGUAAUACUUUUCUUAGAAUAUUAUCAAAAGAUAUUAACACUUACAAGGUACGUGGAUAUGACGAUAGAAAUUAUUCCAAUAAGUUAAAAUUUAGCGAAAUAGAAAAUAUCAAGCAGAGAGCUAUUUGUAAAAAUAGGCAUAAAGUUAUCUUUUUAGCUCUAAAUUUGUACAUUAAAGUAUUCUAUUUGGAGUUAGAAAAAACUAAUGUAUAUGCCGUAACAGAGCUAUUAGAAGAUUUAUUAGAAUCGUGGUAUCAGAUGCCAGAUACACGUCUACCAGAUUCUAUUUCAUUUUGGACAAUAUAUUUUGGAUGUUUGACUUCAUUAGUAAUUAGUAAGGAGAUAUAUUAUUCACAAUUCAUUAAUAUUUUAAAAAAAGAACUUUUAUUGGUAUUCAAAAUACUCUUAAAUUAG